UAGUUGCUUUGCUGUGAUAAACAGUUGAAAAUAAUUAUGACCUUUUUAUGCCUCAAGAGGUGGUGUUGUUUUGUUUGUAAGAGUCGUUUACGUGUUAAAAAAGGCUACUUACCGAAAUGGCAAAGUUUUUCACAUUACAGCGCUAUGACUGGGAGUUCAGCAGUUAAUUUAGCUUAUGAAAGUAUAGAUGCAACUACUGAAGGGGACGAUUUACCACCUAUAGUCAUUUUACAUGGCCUGUUUGGAUCAAAAACAAACUGGAGAACACUGGCCAAGUUAUUUAACAGGGAAACUGACAGAAAGGUAGUUACUGUUGAUGCAAGAAAUCAUGGACAAAGUGAUCAUAGUCCAGACAUGAACUACUUUGAUCAGUCUCUGGAUUUAUGGCAUUUGUUUCAAAAACUGGAACUUUCAAAAGCAAUUUUAAUGGGUCACAGUAUGGGAGGAAAAACUGCCAUGACAUUUGCUCUGUCUCAUCCAGAGUUUGUGGACAGCCUUAUAGUAGUAGACAUGUCCCCUACAAAACUGUCUUUAGAUGAGGAUAUUCCACGUUAUCUUGCAACAAAGCGGGCUAUGGAUUUAAAUCUCAUCAAGGAUAAGAAAGAUGCUGAAAAGAUGUUAAUGGAUGUUGUACCUAAUGCAUUCUUGAGGUCAUUCUUUCUCACCAACCUUAUAAAAAGUGCUGCUGGUUUUAAGUGGAGAAUUAACCUUGAAGCCUUGGAGAAUAACAUAUCUGAAGUUGCUGGCUUUCCAUCAAAUUUUCCUCACCAACAGUUUGAAGGAAAGACACUUUUUGUUGGUGGAGCUAAAUCAGACUACAUCCAGCUAGAGGAGUUUCCUGCAAUUCGUAAACUGUUUCCCAAAGCAGACAUUAAAUUUAUUCCUGAUAGUGGUCACUGGCCUCAUUCAGAAAAACCAAAAGAAUUUGCACAGACCGUGACAGAAUUCCUAGAUGAAUGUUUACAAGAUCAUCAUUAGCAAUACUUGAAAGUAAUAAAAUGAUCAUUGUCACAAAUACCCACAGGAACAAUUGCUUUUCAUUUUUUCCUGUAUAUUUACACCUUUUUAGUAAGAGCUUCAACAUAACAUUCAUAUUUAUGAACAUUUUUUUUAAUAUGCAUACGAAGUAUUUUGUAAAAAAAUAUAUUAUUGCCACUGUAGGCUUAACUUUAUCUUCGGUGUUUGAUCAAGAAUAUUUAAAUUCAGGUAAUGCAAUGACCAAAAUUAUUUGUGCUUGUUUCCAGUCAGAGUAAUGAGAUAUAAUGUUUUUAUGCAUAUGAAUAAAGCUCAUUUGUCAAAAUCAAUUAAUUGUAGUUGAACAUGUAUUAGCAAAGGCAGAACUCAAACCUGUCUAAUCCAAAAAGGUGAAAAUUACCAUUUAUCUGCCAAAUAAUUCUCCAUUGCUGUCAACGAUUCUGGAAUAAAUAUGAUAAAAGUUUGAAGUAGGGGUAGGUCAAUUUUCAUGAGACUGGUGACUAAUUAAUGGUCACUGUAAAGAGUUUGUAAAGCUGACAUUUUAUGCAUUGGUCCUUUGUCAGGAAUUAGCAUACAAUCUCUCAAUAAAUUUGACUACACAAUUCAAGACAGCAAUUAGGAGCCAUCAAGCUUGAUUCAAUUGAUUUGGGUUUGCUGAUAGAAAUAGGAUAAACAGCCCUUAUACCAUGUUUCCUUCUCCAAUGAGUAAUAAGGAGAUGUCCAGGAAAUGAACAUAUGCUGCCCCUACCCCCUCCUUCUUGAGAAGAAUCAAGAAAAUGGCAGAACUUUUUACACCCAACAUCAGUAUUUAUAUUCUCCAUAAUGUCCUUUAUACACUUCUUAAGAUGCUGACAAGGAGAGAAUUUCCAGACAUGGAGAAUUUGUUACCUGUUUCUUGUAAUAAAUAUGUGUCAUUUCAUUUUUGUUUCAAAUAAUUUUAUUCUUUCAGAUACAGAGCAUUAAAACAACUUCCUUGGCAAGAACCCAUUCUUGUAAAUUAGCAAGAGUGUUUCUCAACAGCUGCAAAAUUAAUUUAUCCACAACUGUGUCAUGUACUCUUAAACACCUUCACAGCCUGGGAUGACUUGAAAGUUGUUGUACUAAACACUUUGUCUUUCUUUGCAUUUCUACCAAUUUGUGCUGUAAAUUAUAUCAAUUAAAGAAAUGUAAAAUAUUUAGCCUACAUACCGGUAACUAAAUUUUGUCAUUUUUUCUUGAUUGUGAAAUAUAAGGAAAAGAGUUUAUGUGAGCAUUUAUAGCCACUUGAAAAACCUACACCCUACCCAAAUUACUCUGCUCAUUGGUAUUGGAAGAAAAUGAAUUUAUAGUUCAGUAUGGUCUGUAACAUCAUCUUCCUCAUCAUCAUCAUAUUCUUCUGUUUCACCCUCUUCCAGCUCCUCUUCUUCCGGCUCUUCUGGCUCUUCCAGUUCCUCUGGCUCAUCUGGCUCUUCAGGAACUUCACUCCUGGCUUCUGCUGACUUAGGCAAUCCAUGCUUUUCUAAGAGUUGGGAUAUUUCAUCUGUC